CGCGGGGGCGGAGGGGUGGGUCUGCGGCUCCAUACGUCCCCGCGGAGCGGCGGGCCACAGAGAAUGCUGAUGGGAGAACCAUUUCCCUAGUUUCCAAGUAGUCAAGCUGAUUGCCAUGAUGGAUGAUCAGCAAGCUUUGAACUCAAUCAUGCAAGAUUUGGCUGUUCUGCAUAAGGCCAGUCGACCAGCAUUAUCCUUACAGGAAACCAGAAAAACAAAAUCCUCAUCACCAAAAAAGCAGAAUGAUGUCCGAGUCAAAUUUGAACACAGAGGAGAAAAAAGAAUCCUUCAGUUCCCCAGACCAGUUAAACUGGAAGACCUGAGGUCUAAAGCUAAAAUUGCCUUUGGACAGUCUAUGGAUCUGCAUUAUACCAAUAAUGAGUUGGUAAUUCCAUUAACCACCCAAGAUGACUUGGACAAGGCUGUGGAACUGCUGGAUCGUAGUAUUCAUAUGAAGAGCCUCAAAAUAUUACUUGUAAUAAAUGGAAGUGCACAGGCUACUAAUUUAGAGCCAUUGCCAUCACUAGAAGAUUUGGAUAACACAGUAUUUGGAGCAGAGAGGAAAAAAGGACUUUCUGUAGUAGGUCCCACUAGUAGAGAUAGAAGCUCCCCUCCCCCUGGAUACAUUCCAGAUGAAUUAAACCAGGUUGCCCGGAAUGGGUCAUUUACCAGUAUCAACAGUGAAGGAGAGUUCAUUCCAGAGAGCAUGGACCAAAUGCUGGACCCAUUAUCUUUAAGCAGCCCUGAAAAUUCUGGCUCAGGAAGCUGUCCAUCACUUGAUAGCCCUCUGGAUGGAGAGAGCUACCCAAAAUCACGAAUGCCUAGGGCACAGAGCUACCCAGAUAAUCAUCAGGAAUUUUCAGACUAUGAUAACCCUAUCUUUGAAAAAUUUGGAAAAGGAGGAACAUAUCCAAGAAGGUAUCAUGUUUCAUAUCACCAUCAGGACUAUAAUGAUGGUCGUAAAACUUUCCCGAGAGCUAGAAGGACCCAGGGGACCAGCUUCCGAUCUCCUGUGAGUUUCAGUCCUACUGACCACUCCUUAAGCACUAGUAGUGGAAGCAGCAUCUUUACCCCAGAGUAUGAUGAGAGCCGAAUAAGAAGGAGGGGAAGUGACAUAGACAACCCUACUCUGACUGUGAUGGACAUUAGCCCACCCAGCCGCUCACCUCGUGCUCCAACCAACUGGAGAUUGGGCAAAUUACUUGGCCAGGGAGCCUUUGGCAGGGUCUACCUCUGUUACGAUGUUGAUACAGGAAGAGAAUUGGCUGUUAAGCAAGUUCAGUUUGACCCAGAUAGUCCUGAGACCAGCAAGGAAGUAAAUGCACUUGAGUGUGAAAUUCAGUUGUUGAAAAACUUGCUGCAUGAGCGAAUUGUUCAGUAUUAUGGCUGUUUGAGGGAUCCCCAAGAAAAAACACUUUCCAUAUUUAUGGAAUAUAUGCCAGGGGGCUCCAUUAAGGACCAGUUAAAAGCAUAUGGAGCUCUUACUGAGAAUGUGACCAGGAAAUACACCCGUCAGAUUCUUGAGGGAGUUCAUUAUUUGCACAGCAAUAUGAUUGUUCAUAGAGAUAUAAAAGGUGCAAAUAUUCUGCGAGAUUCAACAGGCAACGUCAAACUAGGAGAUUUUGGGGCCAGCAAACGGCUUCAAACCAUCUGUCUUUCAGGGACGGGAAUGAAGUCUGUCACAGGCACACCAUACUGGAUGAGCCCUGAAGUGAUUAGUGGAGAAGGCUAUGGCAGAAAAGCAGAUAUCUGGAGCGUGGGCUGUACUGUGGUAGAAAUGCUAACUGAAAAGCCUCCUUGGGCCGAGUUUGAAGCGAUGGCUGCCAUCUUUAAAAUCGCCACUCAGCCAACGAACCCAAAGCUGCCACCUCACGUCUCAGACUACACUCGAGAUUUCCUCAAACGGAUUUUUGUAGAGGCCAAGCUGAGACCGUCCGCUGACGACCUUCUGAGACACAUGUUUGUGCACUGUCACUAGCGGCUGGCAGCCUCUCCUGUGCCUCUGCCCAGUUCCCAUCUGUCCAUUCACCUUCUCUCUGACUGCACUUUCUCUUUUUUAGAAAAAAGAGAGAUGGGGGAGGAAAAAAAAGACAAGAGGGAAAAGUGUUUCUCUUGAUUCUUGGUUAAAUUUGAUUAUUAAUAAUAAUAGUAACCUAAAUUUUUUAUAUUUAAUCUUUUUUUCCCUUACAAGAACUUGAAACUUUUUUUUUUAAUUUUUAUUAUGUACUGAUGUGGUUCAGAGACAUACAGCACUUUAGUACAUAGUCACUCUUUUUAGUACAAAAAAAUCAUUGGAAUACCUAAAGAUUGUAGAGUCUUUCCCUGUCACUGACAGAUUGGCAGUGAUGGGGAGACACGGAAAACAAGAAGAGAAAAAUGAUGUAUAAUUUGUAGUUUUUAGUGAUAGUAUUUAAAAUAGAUUCUUGUUUGUGGGGUUGAGCCCUAAACUUGAGUUUAGGAUAGGUACUCAACUAAAAGAAUAUAGGUUCCUUCUUGUAUCUGUAUUCUUUAGAUCCUAACCUCUGUCUACCAAGCUUUUUGCUCAGUAGGAAUCUUGAUAGAAAAUAUGAAUCUCUAGAGGUAUGUUUAUUUGUUAAUCCUAACCAGUAUAAUAAGCAAAUACACUAUAAUAGAUCCAUAUUACUGGAAUCUAUAAACCUUGAGGGAUAGCUUUCUGCUUAAAAAAAAAAAAGGAUACUGUUUUAUUUUAAAGCAGAUAUAUGAAGUCAGUAAGCAAAUCCAAAUUAAAAGAUAGAAGACUGCUCUAAUUAAAUGUGUGCGAGUCGAAGAGACCAAAUUUGCCAGUCAACAGAAAUAAUGAAGAGAACUGAGUGUUGUUCAGUGUAUUUUAAACUGUGUUCUUUACCUGAGGGGGAAGUCCCAAAAUUAAGGGAAAGGAGAAAUAAAGUCAUAUAUACUGUAUCUUUCUGAUUCUAGCUCCUGAUUCCCCAUAGAUAAACAUUCUCUAGGAACUAAGAGUUUAACCUGGAGUAUCCAUGUCUUAAAAGCUAAUGUCCUGAGAUAAAACCCUUGUUCUUUGGAUCACAGAGUACUAAAGUACCUCAAAAAACAGUUACUGUGUAAAACAGUGGUUUUCAUGGCUGGGGUGGGGAUAAUUUUACCAGGCAUUUGGCAAUGCCUGGAGACAUUUUUGGUUGUCAUAAAAAAGAGGAUGCUAGAGGCCAGGGAUGCUGCUAAGCAAACUAAAAUACACAAGAACAGCACCUCCCUUCCCCCAUCAAAGAAUUAUCCUCCCCAAAUAUUAAAAGUGCUGAAGCUGAGAAUCCCUGAGAUAAAUACUAGCCCUGGUUAUAAACCGAAAAUGCCUAUAUACAAAGCAGGUUCCUUGCAAAAAGUAAAUUUCAGAGAGUGAUAUAGUGCAUAAUGAGGGUUUUACAAGAGCAGAUAGUCACUACUUCAAGUCAAGGGUGAAUGAUCUAUACAAACAGCAAAGAACAACCCUUUUCUUACCAGCUGCAUAUUGCACCCAAAUUAGUAACUUUCAUUUUGGAAAUUAAACAUGGAGCCUAUUGAAUUCAGUCAUCUGUAUGUAUGUAUUCUUUCCUUGGAAGUCAGUUCAUUCAUAAUUGUGGGAAAAGAAAGGCAUAUUAAAACAAAGUAUUAACUACUUUAAACGAAGGUUAAAAACUGCCAGAUAUUUCUAGCAUAAGAGCCAAGGACAUUAAGCAGAAAGAGACUACUGGGAAACUCCCACUAUCUCUGAUGGACUUGUGCUACUGAAAAACAUGAAUGAUGUCAGUGGUUUGGCCACUUGCAAUUUUUUCAGCAUAUUAAAGCAAGGGCUAAGUACUUCAAGGGUCUAGAAAGUAGUAUUCUUCCUGGAGGCCCUCAAUGUGAUGCCUUUCAUGGGAUUCAUAAGGGACUUGGGUAUUUUAUGUUCUGCUAAAAAGUAUGCUUGUUUAGGAACUCUUUUAAAAUAUUUUGUUUCUGAAGUUGAGUAGAUGUUGGUUUACUGUAUCAAGGUCCUAUCUGGCAUUCCCUGUAGGAAUAUUUGCAAUUCCACUAGCUAGUCUGAGAAGAAGUCGAAGCACAAAUACAGCUGUUAAAGCUUCUCCUGUUCCCAUAUAAUGAAAGGAAACAGCUUGCAAGGAAAAACAUGAAUGAGUAGCCUACCUCCCACCCCUCAGAAAAUCAACUGCCAAAUCUUGUGCUAUAAACAUAGUCCCCAAGGAUGUGGAUCUAUUAUAAUUUCUUCAUCUUUUACGAGUGAAGGCAUCUCUUCUACUUGAGCAAGACCGUGGUAUCUGGACCAGUGGGCUUUUCCUUCCUUUGUGUUGUGUGCUUGUGAUUUCCUUUUGGCUCAGUUUUGGUCUGUCAGGGUAAUCAGCAGUGCAGAAUAUGAGGCAAGUGCUCUUUAAAGAGAAACCUUGGGAAACUGUGAAACCCAAAGCAAAAUGUUUGCCUUUUUCAGUCUCUAUUUCCAAAAUGCUAUAGAAAAUAAAAUCACCGGAAAAGAAACUACUAUGUUAACACUGCUGCAUAAGACCUUUGUUUUAUAAGAAAAAUAUUAUUAGCUAUGGAAAAGUAUUGUUCUUUAUGUAAAGACUUAAGAAUAGACUAAUAGUUUACAGAGUUAUAUAAAAAUGUGAUGUGAAUUUAUUUCAUACAAGUUGUUAAAGGUACCAAAAACCACAAAAAGUUAAUAUAUAUAAAAACUACUAGAACGAAAAAGCUUAAAGUGGGGUGAGGUAUGGUAAGAUCAAAAUUAAAUUUAAAAAAGAAAAUUUUGAAAGGAAACACAUCUGUCAGGGGCUGUUAAAUAUAACACUCCAUUUUUUUUCUUUCUAAUAAUGAUAUGGAUCAACAAAUGAAAUUUGAACUUUUUAGGAUGACUAUAAAUGUGUUUUGUUUUUUAAAUGCACAACCUGAUUCUUCUAUACUGUAAUGUUUCUUUGCUGAGGCUGGAAAAUGACCACACUGCUAACUUUGUGCCUUUAAAAUGCGUUCUGCUUUGAUAGUGGCAGACUUUUUGGUGCUGGAGAAGAUUCACUAGCAGUGUUUUAUGUGCUUUUCAGGAUAUACCUUUCUACUUAGGCCUUGAGAGAUUCAAUAUGGCAUGACUUAGGCUUGGACCAAAUACAAGAUCUUUUACAUUGCACACAGACUAUAUUGAAUAAAAGAGUUGAAAAAUAUCAUAAUGACUAAUAGAAAUUUUGAUGAUAAUUCUAUAAAAUGUAUUUUAAAAUAUACAGACUUGGAAAGUUUCAAUAUGACGAUCUUUAAUUUUCCUCAUUUACAAAACAUGUUUCUAACCUGAGAAACGGUUGAAGACUACUGCCUUGGAAAGUUUUCAAAGGCAUGACAACCUUACAUAAUUUAUAUGGAUUGAAAUGUUAAUGCACAGGCUGAACUAUAAAAGAAAAAUUAAAACUUACUUCAUAGUAAAUUGAAUUGGCUUUGAAGGAGUCUUUAUCUUAUUUCCAAUAGAAGCUACAUUUUAAAGGUGAAAUUAUUUCUUUAGAGUAGCUUUCUCUGCUACUUCAGCUCUUGUAUAUGUCAGGUCUGGUGUGUAAUAUUUCUGAGAUGGAAGUAUAAUAAGGUACAUGAAAUUACUGAGAAAAUAAAAUUUGAAUAGUUUAUAGGGACAACCAAGCUUGGGAGCAAAAGCAAAGACAUUUGCCAGAUGCAGACUCCUUGGCCUACAGCAGAGAUCUUUGUCAGUGAUUUAAUUUGGGACCAAUAGUUCGAUAUAAAAUCACCUAGUAUCAGCCAAGUAUAGGGAUCUAUCAAAAUUUUUUUUAACAUGGUGAGUCUUCUUCAUUUACUUAUUCAAUAUUGUGACUUACUAUGUCAGGUAUUAAAUUAGCUUGUCCUUAAGGAGGUCACAGUCUAGGAGGAAAAAAUGGGCAAACAGUUGUUUUCUUGACAUAUCCUAACUCUGAAAAGUUUAUCAAUGAUGUUUUAAACUGUUAUUACUUACGAGGUGAGGGGAAAGCGAUUUUGGGUGACCGUCGGCUGUUAUAAACUGAACAACAGACAAUAGAAGCACCCAGUUGAAGGGAUCUACACAUGUCAGGCACCCUCUCGCUCAGGACUCCCUCUGAAAACCCAGCCUCUGUUCAGACAGUUCCAGUGAUGGGGGCAUUUAUUCCAUUACAUAGUAGUUUUUUCCCCCUGCUUUUUUCUUUUAAAGAAAAGAAUAUUUUCUUUUGGUCUGAAUUAUUAAAAUACCCAAAAUAUUUGAUAGAAAUUGAAUUCUGCCAACAGUGUUAUUUAUACUAAGAUCAGGAAAAUUUCUUGAGAUUUUACUGUUUUAUAUGAAGUUUGGCCUUUGUUACAAAUGUAAUGUUCAUAUUUAUUUUAAUCUUAAGAUUGGUUAAAAUGUUAAUGAAAAGCAGUUUAAUUGUUAAUUUUUCGUAGUGCCUUUUUCUCUGUAUGCCUUAAUUUUGUUUUAUAUCAAUAAUAAUUCACAUUACCCACCGAAAUGAAAGUUUCUCCAAAAUCAGUAGGCUUCAGGAGUUCAUUUGGCCUUAGACUGUGUACUGGCCAUUAAACUUUUCUUAAUGCCUGCUUCCUCCUAUCCUUUUCUACCUCUUUUUUAAAAAAUAUGUUAGAAGAGAAACAUUAACAUUGUUUUGUGAUAGACACAUUGCAGUUUUACUAGACACAAAUUUCUAAGAUAAGGAUAGAAAGAGAUAUUUUAAUUCUAAAGAGACAUAGUAAAUUAUUUUCCAGGUUGAUUACUUGAUUUUUCAGUCACAUUGGCACUGUUCAAAUUCUUUGCAUAUCAUGGUUCAGUUACAAUUUUCAAAGAAGAACUGGAAUGGUGGUUUUUGUCCUAAAGAAGUCAUUUAAAUGGUUUACAAAUAUUAAGGCAGUGAGACUUAGGGCAAUGAGCAAGAAAUCCAGGGAUUGCAAAUUCUAAUCCUUACUUUUAAGCUAGCAUUUUGACUAAAACUCUAGCUUUUCUGUGAAGAGAGAGAGAGAGAGAGAGAGAGAGUGAGUGUGUGUGUGUGUGUGUGUGUGUGUGUGUGUGUGUGUGUGUGGAGUUGGGGCAGGGGUGGGAAGGAAGGAAAGGUGUGAAUGUCCAAUUAGAUUAGUCUCUGUUCUUGGAAGAACAAUUUAAAUAUGUAUAACCUACUGAUGUUGGAAUGCCAGCACAUUUUCCACAAGUAGCUAGUACAAACAGUUGUUUAAUAAAGGUAUUUAUUGUAAAUUGCCAAGCUCUUGGUUGCUAAAAGUAGAUUAAAAUUGAAUUUGUAUGUGUGUAUAAUAGCUUAUAUAUAAUUCCUAAAUAGUAAUUGGUUUUGCAUAGUUCUUCAUGAGCUCUUUGGAAUAGAAAUUCUGCCAGACAUUAUCAAAACAAGCAUCCUUAGCUUACCAAGUGUUCAGAAGGAAAUUGUUUUAUACCUCUUUUUGGUUGGCUAGGGAAGGCGUGCUGUGAAGCUACUGUUCCUACUUGAUAGUCGUCUUUAGCUUUGCUUUGACUUCUGCCGCAAUCUGGACAGGAUGCCAUAAUAGGUGUGGAAGUAUGCCUAGCGACUCUGUUUUCACCUUUCAGAGCUGUAGCGGGUAGUGUGCUCUUAGGGGAGUUUAGAGAACCUUCUCUCGGUUGUAGUGAGAGUGGACAUGGUUUAGUUUCAGAAAGUUGAGGGAGGAGUCAUAGCUAUAGUAAAGAAUAAAUUUUAUCUUUGCUUGUAUUACAGUCUCAUGUAAUUCUUCAUAUUUUUCAAAAUUGUGCGUUUUAAUUGACAGUAAUGCUAUUUUUGUUAAUAACAGAAAAGGCGUUAAAUCAGUGAGUACUAUUAUUCCCUAUGCCUAAUGACUUGUUUGUAUUUACAGUCUGUAUUAUCAGAAUCAUUUUAAACCAAAGCUUUUAUAUUCUCUGCACACAUAGCCAAAAUGAUUAGCACUGUUACUUCUGCCCAAUUGUAAGCUAAUAGUAUAAAAAUGAUAAAACAGGUACUAGUAGAAUUUGUAUCUCAAUCUAUCCUUCAAGUUAAAGGACAGGUGCUUGGUGUUUGCAUUUAGACAUACAGAAUUUACUUCAACUAUUAUGGAACUAUAUGGACAUUACAAACUUGAGCUUGUACACGUGCCAAUCUUAAUGUCACUUGACCAUAGAUGCAUAUACAUACACAUUGAUACACGAUGCCUCAGGUUGGUGGCGUACUUUCUUCCUAGUGUCUUGACAUUUAUGAACUUGUGUUUGACUUGAGGGGCAUUUCAGGAAAGUUGUGCAGAAAAGUAGGUUAUGGACUUUUUGUGCCAUAGACAUUUUGGAAGAUAAGGACAAGUCUGCUGUCCAGCAUACAUGCAGAAUUUUGUCCCUAAGUAGGAUUUCUAAGUCCCUUAAUGCCAGUUGAGGACAGUAAAGUUUGUGACUAUACUGAAAAGCACUUUUGUCUUCACUUAUUUGUGUAGCUAACUGUUGGUGAUUUUAGCAUUAGCAUUGCUUGGAGGAGAGAGAGAAAUAACAAAAUUACGUCUAACUCUGUUAGACACUUAGGCUUCAAAAUAGAUUUGUCAUGUUCUCAUUUUUCCAAAGACUUUUUUUCCACCUGGAAUAAGAAAGAACAAGUGGAAACAUUUGAGCUGGAAAGGUUUAUGGGCAAAAGAAAGUAGGCCAAACCCUUGCAAUAUACCCUGUUCAAGUGAAAGUGCAGUGUCUAAGGAUAAGAAUACUUCUUUAAAAACAAACACUUGUUUUUAAUACAAUCUUAGUAAGUAAAAGGUUUACAUUUUUUCUAUUGCUGUUGGUUUUAAAAUUUGCUACCCUGCAUUCUGAAAUAUUAUAAAAGAGUUAAUACCAAAAAUACUUUUAAUGUCUGACAUCUCUUACAUUUCACAUGGUUCUUUUUAUUCAAAUAUCGUUGUAAAUAAAAGUAAACUUGGAUAAAUAUGAGAAUAAACUUUUAAUUGUUGCAAAUUCUGAUUAUCAAUUUGUAAAUUUACCCUUUGACCUAAUGUACAUUUUUAAAUGUAGCCAUUAAAUUCUCUAUAUUUAAUCUAUUAGUUUCUCUCUGUAAAUGUUUUUAAUCUCAGUUAAAUGCUGGGCAGUUUAUGUACAGAGGUGUUCUUUUCCUAUCAAGGUUGACUUUUUUGCACAUUUUUGGAAAUGUUUAAUUUGUACACUGAUUUACUACUCUGACCAAUAAUUGUUGAUGGGUGUGUGAGCAUCGUGAAUGCGUGCAUUGAACUACUGUCUGUGUCUCUAUGUUUAAACUUCUUUCAAGAUGCAGCCAUCAGUGACUGCAUUGCUGUUACUGAUUUAGAUGGACUUUCAUGCUUUUACAAAGUAUACUUAGCUAUGGUUCUAUCUUUGUUGAGAACUCAGGAGUUCAACAUCACUUUCUGAUUUUAUAUGUAUUCUAAAAUCCAUGACUAAGUUGAAAGUAUGCUUGUAACUCUGUGUAUUGGGGGAUGUGUGUGCGGAGAUGUCUUUUUCUGUCUGUAGGUACGUGUAUAUAUCCCAGUAAUUUCUUAUUUUCAUUUCUACAUUUUUAUGAACUUGUUUUAUAAGGGUACUGUUUAGUUAGAAUAAUUAAAUAUAUAUAAAGCUUUCUGAGAGAUUAUUUACUAUAUGAAUAUAUUUUCAGCUGGCUGAUCAAAACUAUUUUCUUAAUUUUGUUUUUACCAUUCAAAAUGUAUUUGUAUUUCCACAGUUGAUUGCAGAUUUACUUAGAUAUCUGUCAAUUAAAAUACUCUUGCAGAGAACAUUGAAUUCUCAUUGAGAAUCCUAUGAAAUGCAAAUUAAGAGAAAAAAAUAAGUUUUAAGCAGUAGCAAAAACACUGUCCACUAAAACAGCCUUUGAAUUCUCAGAGCUAUGAAAAAAUGUGAGAAACUAAAUUAUCUUGAAGAGAUGUCAAGGCUUUUAUAUCUCCAGUUGCUGUUGGCCUGUCCUACUGUUUUUGAAUAUUUCUUUUAUUCUACCCCAAAGAUUUUCACUUUCAGUUUUCUUCUUUCUGGGCAAGGUCAGACCUCACUCAUAAAACAAUAUAUCGAAAAAUUGUGAUUCUCUGUGAUUGACUAUAAAUUGGUUUAGAAAUGUCCGAAUAUACAUUAUUGUCUCUUUAUACCAUAUUUUGUAUUUUAAGUAACUGGCAGAAAAGGAAUUGGGAAUUAAAUUUCCAAUCUGACAAGGUUGUUGUACUUAAGGAAAACCUUGUUUUUAAUAUGCGGUAUCAUGUAAAAUUACUUAUGUUAGGAAUAGAGUCCACUGUUGAAGUUGAAUGUCACUAAGCUUAUGUUAUAAGGAGCCGAUAUGAUUAGAAAAACCUACCAGAAGCCAGACCAGUGUGGUAUGUGCCACAUUUCAUGCACAUUUGACUUUGUGUUCAUUCAAAAUUGUGCUUGUAAAAAUGUAUAAAAUUUCUGAGUUUUACAGUUUUUAUGUACUUGUUUUUUCUUGCUGGUAAAUAGCUUUUUUUUAAAUCUAAUGUGAAAGAAACCAUGUUUAUAUUUUGUUAGUGAUCAAUGACUUUGUUUAUAUGGAAAUUUGUAUAUUGUUGGCACACAUCUUUGUUUAGAUUUAUCGUGCAUGAAGGCCUGCAAUAAUUAGCACAAUGAAAAUUGCUUUUUCUUACAUGUUCAUUUUUUGAAAGAUUGUGGUGCAAAGGCUUACUCUAAGUAACCUUCUGGACUAUGGAAUGAAUAUAAAUGAAUGGCACUUUGAGUGUUAAUAAAGCUGAUAUUUAUUUCCACUGUGA